CGCUCGCUCGCUCGCGUGUGUGUGCGUUUGUGCGUGUGUGUGUUCGUGUAGCCCAGUGUGUGCGAUAGAAUCUGGGGUUUGCGCUCACUGUCCAUGGCUUUUCUUGCUGGUGAUCCGAUAGUUGUGAAAGCCACCACUAGUCGCCCCCAGUGCUCUCCGCAGUCUCCAUUAUUCCUUCCUCGCCGUAGACUUAACGUCACGUCCGCACUUGAACUUGAAUUUUAUCCCAUUGUAGGGAGGCAGCCCUCGCCACAGAGACACAGGGAGAGCUCGGGGGAUGCAGGACUCGCCGCCGUCUUCUUCACACACUAAAGCGCCAGAGAAAGGGGAGUACGAAGAAGAAGAAGAAGAAAAAGGAGAAGAGAAAAAAAAAGCAAACCCAAACCAAAGCGCGUAAGGUCUUGAUUUAUUAGGAAAGGAGGUGUCGGUAUAGUAGCCUCUGUCCCCCGCUCUCCGCAGAGCCGUGCAAGGGGGCAAUAGCACUUUGAGUUGAAGACAGCACAAAGUGAACCUUGCCUGCCUACACCGGGGGUGACAUCGCCCGCACGCGCCACAAGAAGUGCCCACUCCUCGGCGGCACCCCAAGUCUCGAGAAAAGGAUUGGAUUCCUAUUUUAUACAUUUUCCACUCAUACUUUUUAAACUCUGUUUUUAAAGAGAGAGAGCGGGACCGACAGCGCUACCAGGGUCCAAGGUGUGCGUGCGGAGAUCGGACAGUGAUAUCCGUCAUACCUGUGCGCGCACGCACGCACGCACGGACUUGACCCGCACGCUCCUCUCUUCUUCAGAAGGUGGAGAGAGAGCGGUCGCCGGCCGGGGUGCACCUCCACCCCUCCAUCCCCCCCCUCCCCCUCCCCCACCUACCUGCCUUGCCUUGCUGACACACACACACACACACACACACACACACACACACACACACACACACACACACACACACACACACACACACACACCACAUAUCAUCCACCCAGGAUCAGUCAGUCCUUGUGUUCCUCCGCUCGGACAGCUCCGUGCACUUUGCGCCUCCUUCCUCUUUUGUCAAACGGUGCCGCGAGUCCGCAAGACGGCGUGAGAGCGAGAGACUAACAAGCCGGACUAACCGCAGCGACACUCAACAUACACAACACGAUCCACCAAAAAACAACAACAACGAAAAACAGGUUCCAUCGGUUCACUGGGAACCCGAAGAAGUGGGUUCGCGGCGGACACUCUUGCUGUGGGCAUCGAUCGCCUGUCCUCCUGUCGAGGGAACCGACCGAUCACCGCCAGUUCACUGCAGCGACGACGCGGCUCCAGCGAACCGCCACGGCCGGUCACCGGAGAGCGCAAUUGCGCACUGUGGUGCAGCCUUUUGUGGAGGUCCCCUCGCAAAGUUAGGGGCCAGAAGGAAGACGCGAUAGGAGGCAAGCGAGCCGACCCUUUCCAGUGCCGCUCUCCGGGCAAUGCCACUGUGAAUGCCAGGGCAAUGUCCCGUCGCAAGCAGGGGAACCCACAGCACGUGUCUCAGAGAGAAAUAGCACCGGAGUCUGAGCAUGCAGACUGCGGAGGAGGAGGAGGCGGCGUUGGUGGGGGCGGUGGAGGCCUUCUCGCUGGCCCCCUCCCAAACCACCUUAACCACCACCACCACAACAACCACCACCACCACCACCACCACCCCCCCACGCCCGGCCCGCACCUGGGCCUGCCCCACCCGCUGGACCCCAGCCUGGCCCACGGCGGCCUGCCCCCGGGGCUCCGCGUGGACCACGACCUGCUGACCUGCGGCCAGUGCCAGUCCACCUUCCCCCUGCGGGACAUCGUCCUCUUCAUCGAGCACAAGAAGAAGCAGUGCCAGGCGGGGCCGCCGCCCAUCGCCAAUGGCUGCUUCGACAAGAUGGCCGACCGGGGCGGCGGCGGAGGGGGAGGGGGAGGAGGAGGGGGAGGAGGAGGAGGAGGAGGAGGCGGGGGCGUGGGCGGCCUCCAGAACCACCACCAGCACCAGCAGCACAACCGCCACAGCAACCACCACCACCCCCACCACCCCCACCACCACCAGCAGCAGCCGCCGCCGCCGCCCCAUCACAGCCACAGGCCCGCCUCGCACCUCACCGGACCCCCGGCCGCGCUGAGGAAGGCGGCGGAGCCGGUGGAGGUGGGCGUCCAGGUGACCCCCGAGGAGGAGGAGGAGGAGGAGGGGGGCCGGGCCGCAGGAGGAGGCGGACGGAGAGAGGGGGAAGUGGGGGACAGGGGAGAGAGGACCCCCAUCAAAGGGAUUUGCCCCAAACAGGAGGGUGGCCAAGCAGGAGGCAGAGAUGAGCCCUCCAGCUACAUCUGCACCUCGUGUAAGCAGCCUUUCCCUAGUGCCUGGUUCCUCCUCCAGCAUGUCCAGAACACCCACGGCAUCCGCAUCUACCUGGAGUCCAGCCCCUCCAGCACGGCCCUCACGCCGCGCAUCACCCUCCCCCCGCCGCUCAACGACUCCAUCCCCCAGUCGCCGCUCACCAACUUCCUCGGCGACAACAACCCCUUCCACCUCCUGCGGAUGACGGGGCCCUUGCUCCGGGAGCCCCCGCCUGGCUUCGUGGAGAACCGCCUGCCCAACACCCCUCCCUUCGUCAGCCCUCCGCCCCGCCACCACCUGGACCCCCACCGCCUGGAACGCCUUAGCGCAGAGGAAAUGGGGCUCAUCUCCCAGCAUCCCAGUGCCUUCGAGAGGGUGAUGCGCCUGACGCCCAUGGCCAUGGAGUCCCAGUCCAUGGACUUCUCCCGGCGGCUCCGCGAGCUGGCGGGGAACAACAACACCGCCACGCCGCCGCUGUCGCCCAGCCGGGCCAACCCUAUGCACCGACUGCUGAACCCCAACCCCUUUCAACCAGGACCCAAGUCGCCCUUUCUAAGCAGCCCUCCCCUGCCGCCGAUGCCGCCGAGCAGCACCACCCCUCCCCAGACACAGAACAAAGUCAAGUCCUGUGAGUUCUGCGGGAAGACCUUCAAGUUCCAGAGCAAUCUGGUGGUGCACCGCCGCAGCCACACCGGGGAGAAACCUUACAAGUGCCAGCUGUGCGAUCACGCCUGUUCGCAGGCCAGCAAGCUCAAACGGCACAUGAAGACCCACAUGCACAAGGCCGGAUCCCUGACCGGACGGUCCGACGACGGACUGUCCAGCUCCCCGGAGCCAGGCACCAGCGAUGUGACGGGGGAGGGCAUGAAGAACCGCGACGGGGAUUUCCAGGGGGAAGGGAACGAGGAGGAGGAGGAAGAGGAGGAGGAAGAGGAGCUGGAGAAUGAGAGCCGGCCGGAGUCCAACUUCAGCAUGGACUCAGAGUUCUACCGCAACCGAGACAACAUCUCCAAGCCUCUCUCCGAGGAGAAGCCAUCGCUGAACCUCGGGAAGAUGGUGGAGAGCGUUGGGCUUAACGCUAUUCAGCAGUACAAUAACUUGAUCGUUGACAAUCGUAAACGCAUGCCCUUCUCAAAGAGGGGCUCAGACGGCCAGCGAGACACUGGGGACGAGGACUCUGUGGCGGGGGAGAUGGACCACAGGCCGGAGGAGAGAACCAUUAUAAACGGUCGGAACUGUGGCUCUGGCGACUCUUUCUCAGGCUUGUUCCCCCGUAAACCCACACCCAUCACCAGUCCCAGCCUGUCCAUCUCCUCCAACAAACGGAUCAAAAUCGAGAAGGACCUGGACAUCCCUCCCACGCCACUCAUCCCCUCGGAGAACGUCUACUCCCAGUGGCUGGUGGGCUACGCAGCCUCGCGCCACUUCAUCAAAGACCCUUUUCUGGGCUUCACCGACUCCAGACAAUCGCCCUUCGCCACCUCUUCCGAGCACUCGUCCGACAACGGAAGCCUGCGCUUCUCCACGCCCCCGGGCGACCUGCUGGACGGGGGUCUGUCCGGACGCAGCGGGACUGCCAGCGGGGGCAGCACGCCCCACCUAGGCGGCGCCGGCCGGCCUGGUUCCAAGGAGAGCAGGAGGAGCGACACGUGCGAGUACUGCGGCAAGGUGUUCAAGAACUGCAGCAACUUGACAGUCCACCGACGCAGCCACACCGGCGAGCGGCCCUACAAAUGCGAGCUGUGCAACUAUGCGUGCGCCCAGAGCUCCAAGCUGACGCGUCAUAUGAAGACACACGGCCAGCUGGGUAAGGAGGUGUACCGCUGUGACAUUUGCCAAAUGCCCUUCAGCGUAUACAGCACUCUGGAGAAACACAUGAAAAAAUGGCACGGGGAACAUUUGAUGACCAAUGAGGUCAAAAUUGAACAAGCAGAGCGAAGCUAAGCCAGGUUCUCCAAUUCUAUGAUCUGCGCCAUACUUUGACAAAAAAAACACAAAAAAACUAAACAAACAAACAACCACAAAAAAGUAAAAUACAUAAGGGGGUAGCUGGAUAUUCUUUUUCUGAAAUAUUUGUUUGGGUCAAAUUUUGUGUUUUUGCCUAGGAAACUGCCAACUGAGAAAAAAGUGAGAAAACUAAAAGACAUAUUAACACCAACCGAGCUGACUUAGCAGCCUCAUUCGGUGUCUCUUUUUAAACAAUCAAUCUGUUGUCUCAUAACAUAUGUGGAGCCUUUAACUGUGCAAUAAUUUCUGUAUUUAUUGGAUUUUGUAUUUUGGCAUGUGCAGGUACAUCUUUAUUUUAGGCAUUUUUAAAUUUGUUUUCUUUUUUAUUUUAUUUUUCUAAACACCCAGAAGAUAUCCUGAGAUUUUUUUAGGGGACAGAACAAAAAAUUACAUCAUAUUUUCGGCCGCUGCUUAGAGAAAAUUGUAUAUUAAAGCUAGACAUGAUUUCUUGAAGAGAAGCCGAAUUCAAUCUUCAAUUUGAAAAAAAAUAAAUAGGUGUCAGAGAGAAUGCUAGAAUUAGUAUAUAUAUUUAUUUGAAGAAAAUGACGAUGAUACGCGGACAACAAUCCUUUGGCAUUGUAGCAUGAACUGACUCUAAAACAUGUCAAUAUAAUUAGAUAUGUAGCACUGAGUGUCUUGUAUGACAGUAAAUGGAAAAAAUAGUCAAAUCGGACAGGAUCCCAAGGUUCCUCAAGCCCUAAUGAUACACCCCUCUGGACUAUAUUAUCACCCAGUGUGCAGAAUCAGCUCAAUGCUAAGGCAGCUGCUGUAUGGUACAUAGUACUAAGACCUUACACGAUGUUGAACUCUCACACACAACCACCUGCUCACACCAAUACAAAUGCACACACACAUGCACACCGACACACACACGCA